UCCCCGCCUCACCGGCCGUCCAGGAGGAGCCUAUGGCUGGGCCCGCCACCCACGUUGCCCCCAUGCUGUUCCUUGCCCUCCUGGUGUUUCUGGAGCUGAGCCUGGCGGGCUCCCUGGGCCCUGGAACCCCUGCUCGAAACCUCCCUGAGAAUCACAUCAACCUUCCAGGCCCAGCACUGUGGACACCUCAGGCCAGCCACCACCACCGGCGGGGCCUGGGCAAGAAGGAGCGGGGGCCAGGCAUGCCUGGCCGGGCACAGGAUGGAGCUGUGGUCACCUCCACCAGGCAGGCCUCCAGGCUGCCAGGGGCAGGGGGCCUGCUGCCUGGGCAAAGUCCUGCAGGCCUGCUGCAGGACAAGAGUCUACUCCUGGGGCUGGCCCUGCCCUACCCUGAGAAGGAGAACCGGUCUCCAGGGAAGAGGCGCAGCAGGGAGCACAAGAGACGCAGGGAGAGGUUGAAACUGCACAGAGGCCGAGCUUUGGUCCGAGGCCCCAGCUCCCUAAUGAAGAAGGCGGAGCUCUCCGAAGACCAGGCGCUGGACGCUGCCAUGGAGGAGUCGUCCACCAGCCUGGCCCCUACCAUACUCUACCUCACCACCUUUGGGGCAGCACCUGCCACGGAAGAGUCCCUCAUCCUGCCUGUCACAUCCCUGUGGCCCCAGGCUCAGCCCAGGCCUGACGGGGAGGUGAUGCCCACGCUGGACAUGGCCUUGUUCGACUGGACCGAUUAUGAAGACUUAAAACCUGAGGCCUGGCCCUCCGCCAGAAAGAAAGAGAAGACCCGGGGUAAACUCUCCAGUGAUGGCAAUGAGACAUCCCCCGCCGAGGGGGAGCCGUGCGACCAUCACCACGACUGCCUGCCAGGGACCUGCUGUGACCUGCGGGGGCACGUCUGCAUGCCCCACAAUCGGGGCCUCAACAACAAAUGCUUCGACGACUGCAUGUGUGCGGAAGGGCUGCGCUGCUAUGCCAAGUUCCACCGGAACCGCAGGGUCACACGGAGGAAGGGGCGCUGCGUGGAGCCCGAGACGGCCAACGGCGACCAGGGGUCCUUCAUCAACGUCUAGUGGCCCAGGUUGAGGCGCCUCCCCGCAGGCCUGGGGGGACUGAGCGCUGGAGGUUUGGAGAAGCGACAAUUUGUUUAUAACUA